UGUCGAUUUUUUAGGCGGAAGUCAACAGUCAGUCAGACAAGUUGUAAAUGUAGUUCAGCGUAGCGGAACAUUUGUAUAUUAUUGUUUAUUCUGUGCGGAGAAACCAAGAAGAUGCUAUUUUUAUUAGCCCCGUCGGUCAGCUAGCUCUGUGGCGGUUUUGCUAGCUACGGGCGGCUGAAUAACUUGACGCCGAAGUUAAACGUUAGCGCCGUCGACCAAAUAACGGAUUAGCCAGUUAGCUUGCGCCAGCAGACCCAACACGGCAGUAAACAGCGGGACAAGUAUUGUUUUUCAGUCAUCGUUUCAGAUAACUCUCUAGUUCUGUCAGCUUAGCUCCAUGGCUAGCUGAUCUGGUAUCGUGCGCAAAGGAAACGCUUUUCGGAGUUUAUGUCUGUGGUGAGGAAGUAGCUUUAGGAUAAUCGCUGCCAUGGUGUGUGUUACAGCUGGACCUGCUGCUAAACUCAACUGCUGCCAUUAGGUCACCCGAUCCAGCAUGAAGGCCCUGGGAUACAGAUUCUCUUUUUUUGCUGGUUUUGUGGUGGGAACCUUCACACUGUACGUGUUUCUGCGGCAGAUGUGGUUUGAGAGGACCGUAGCGGAGCAGCAGGCCAACAGCUUCGGCAAAUUUUUUGACCAGCUCGGGGGAGAGGAUAAAUUAUGGAAGAAAGAGAGGUCUGCUCUUUUCAACUUGAAGCACCCUCAUCAUAUAGGAGAAGAUGGCCGCGUGGCUGAUGAGUUGUACAAAAAGGUGCGGAUUCUUUGCUGGGUGAUGACUGGGCCCAACAACCUGGAGAAGAAGGCUCGGCAUGUGAAGUCUACUUGGAGUCGCCAUUGCAACAUAGUGGUUUUCAUGAGCUCCGUGGACGACCCCGACUUCCCCACGGUGGGACUGGGCACCAAAGAGGGUCGCGAUCAGCUGUACUGGAAAACCAUCCGAGCCUUCCAUUAUGCCUACGAUCAUCAUGCCAACGAGGCCGACUGGUUCCUCAAGGCGGAUGACGACACCUAUGUAAUUGUGGACAAUCUGCGCUGGGUCCUGGCCAACCACACGCCCGACGAGCCGAUCUACUUCGGCCGACGAUUCAAGCCCUACACCAAGCAGGGGUACAUGAGCGGCGGUGCGGGCUACGUGCUGAGCAGAGAGGCUCUGCGGAGGUUUGUGGAAGGUUUCACAAACAAAGUGUGCACUCACACUACCUCUGUAGAGGAUCUGGCAAUGGGGCAGUGCAUGGAGAAGGUUGGGGUGCUGGCAGGAGACUCCAGAGACACCUCACACAGAGAGACAUUUCAUCCCUUUGUCCCGGAGCAGCACCUCACUGCCAAGUUCCCAAAGAGCUUUUGGUAUUGGAGCUACUGUUACUAUCCCAUCUCUGAGGGUCCUAGCUGCUGCUCGGAUAUAUCGGUGUCUUUCCAUUAUGUGGAUGCUGCGGGCAUGUAUUUACUGGAAUACUACACCUAUCACCUGCGUGCCUUUGGUUAUAAAUACCGCUACCAGCCCCCCACCCCAAAGAACUACAGAAUUGAACACUUGAGUUUCCCGAAUUCUGCAGAUGGACAAAAGCAGAUGGCUUCUCAGGAGAAAGAGCACGGAAAAGUUGAUAAUCCGUCCAGAUCGGCGCAAGAGCAGGACCCAGACCCCCCCCCAGCAGCUGGGAAAGACCCUCCUCCUGAUGCAGAAGAGUGACGCUGUGCUGUUUUAAGGCAGGCAGGAAGUGGAUGGGAUUUUGUGAAGUUUUUAGUGUUUAUCAAUUUUUCUCUGUUAACCUGGACUUGAGGCAUGAAACCACUUUUAUUUUAAGCUUUUCCACAUCCCAGUGCUUGGCCUCAGGAUUCAGAAGCAGAGGGUUUGCUUUUAGUGAGGACUGUCUACCGGUACUGCUAGUCAGCCUCUCAGCCCAAGAUGAUUCUAUUGUUGUUAUUUGGUGGUUUUUACGAUUGCGUGAGCCGGCUACAGUUGCCUGUUAACUGCAUUUUACCAGCACAACCACUUUUUUCUUGACUUGCUAAAGCUGUUUGACUUCAUUUCUCUGAGAGACGUAGAGCUGAACAGGGGGAACCUGUAUGUUCUGACCUGUAAGAUGAGUCAAGUCUUUCAGAAUGAGUCCUGAAGCUUUUGUGUUCAGCCAACCAGUUUUAACGGCAUAAGUGACAUGAUGUGUUGUGGGAACAUUCAGUUGACAUUGUCAAUUAUGCUUUUAUUUACAUGAAGCUCUUUGGAGAUUUACAUCGAUCUUAAAUGCUCAUUUAUAAAUAAUUUUAUGUUGGUAUUUUCUUAGCGUUCGGGUCAUAAAGGUUCAAUAAACUUCCUGGUUACGUUCCCAAAAGUCCACAUCUGCUUUAGAGUGAAGCCAGACUAAGAGGCCGUUUUUCUCAACGUCAUGUGAAAAAUAUAAAUGUUUGGACCUUUUGGCAAAUAUUAAAAAGUUUAGGGUCAAUUUAGUCAAAAAACUUAUUAAUGCUACUAGAAAGCUGUUCAGCUCUUUGUGAAAGGGAGCACAGCUUUCUCUAACUGUCCCUGUAAAGAGUUGUGGUUCAGAAAUGCAAAAACAAACAUUUAACCUUCGGAGGGGGGGUGCUGUUGGGCUGCAUGGUAACAGGUUCUGAUGAGCUGGCAGUGGAGAAUAAAUCUAGUCUGAAUCCUAAUCAAACACCUUAACAUUACCAGUGAAUUUAGUUCAUAGUAACUAUAAAACCCUUCCUUUGUUUAUUCCAAAGACCCCUGUAAGAGUGCUGACACCCACUGUUUGUUUUCGUUAACAGACUUUUAAGUAUCUUUACUUUAAACCAGCUGGAUGAGGAGGUAGAAAACCAAAUGAACUUGUAUCUUGCGAAAUCAAAACCCGACCUUCCGAACCAGCCACAACCACCGUCCCGUUGUCCGUGUAAGUGGAGCUGGAUUCACGCGUUUUGCAUGUCCCACGUCUGUGCCUUGUAAACUGAGAUUGUACGAGCCAUCGGCUGCUCACACGACUUUGCACUGUGAUGUUAGAAUGGUGAGAGGAUUAUGGAUGCUCGUUUUCCCUCUCCCUCCCUCUCUAGUUUGGUUUUAUGAAGGUCAUGUGCUCCAGAAACUCUGAAUGGACCAGAGCAUUUCUUUCAUAGUUUGUGCAUUAUCGAUUUCGAAUUAUUUCCAAGCGUCUCUUCAGUAAAAUAUAUCCAAAUGACAGCACUGAAGAAACAUGAUGCACUUUUGUUUGGUUUUUUUAACCACCUGAAGCCUUUAUUUGUAUUUUUAAUGUUUUACAUGUACGACCUAACAGUUGCCUAUCAGAGUAGUUUUGUGUUCUGCUUGCUUUUGGUUUGUGUGUGAACUCAAGUUAAAAACUGUAUUCAAGCAGAAAUGUUUUCCACAUUGGUUUCUACUGGAACGAACGAUCACGCUGCUGAUUUAGGUUCCUCGCUGACCGCGUCGUCGAUGCCGCACCUCCCUUCCAUGACAAUCUAAUAGUUCUGAAUAUUUUCUCCAAUGUGUACAGUGGUGUAUUUAUAUCUGAAAUGUAUUUAUGUUAGUAUUGACGUUUCAAUCGAGUCAGUAUCAUCAGUGUGUAAAUACUUUUGACAGUGUGUAAGCACACAAUUGGUGUGAUCGUUUUUAGUGACAAAUACUUGAUUGACUGUAAAUAAAAUUCAUAUUUUAUUGUAAA